CUUUCUUGCGGGACUGUUUAAGCUGGUUGCGACUGCGCGCUAAAAUACGUUCGCGAUUUUAGCUGAGUUUGUAUUGAGUUUUCUCGUUUCGCUGGCGAAUCGCGUGCGCGUUUUUUGUUGUCGCGUGCGCGCGUUUCCAGGGCGUUUUGCGUGCGAUUUUCGUCGCUAUUGUGGACCUGGCCAAUGAACUGCGCGGAUAUCGAAAUGGAAAUGCUUUUUUCGUUUGGGGGCCGAAUGAAAAUGAAAAUCCCGCCUGCAGCUGGCACUCAAACUUAAUUUGUUACUGUGUGGCUACUGUGGCCUACUGUGGCCUACUGAAAAUAGUGCUCGUAAAAGUCUGGCCAACAGUAAAAAGCCAUUCAGUGCGGCCAUAAAACCAAAUCAAAACAUAUAUGCCAGUUUGUAGCCUCAUAUGCCCUAUGCCAAGACAAGACUAGCAUACAUAUAAAGUAAUAUUAACAAAAGACCAAACUCGUUUCGAUCGCCGACAAAAAACAAAAAUAUACGAGAGUAUAAAUAAAUAAAAAGGCAAAUUAAAUUAAAUUUAUUUUUAAUUACUCGCUGGCCAAAAGAUCACAUAAAGAGCGUGCAAUAAAAUAUUUGUAUCAGUAAAUUAAUUAUAUUGUAUAUAGAAAAACAUGUUGCAAUAAAGCGGUCUUUUAAUGACACACAAAUAAAGAAACAGAGGCUCUAACUAAGUCUCCGAUUCAGCUUCACUUCAAUCUUCUCGCCGGGCCAAAAAACGAAAGACUUAGGCAACAAACGCGCUGCCAUUUUGUGGUGUCAGUUGUUUGCAGCAGAUAACGGCGCUUCGGGCGCCUCCGAAUUGCCAAGUGAUAGCAGCCGUAACAAACUAAUUGACAACUCAAAUCCUGCUGGACCGCACAAAAAAAAAAAAAAUAAACUAAAAUACAACACAAAAUAAAAAAAAGUUUAAGAGAAACAAUUGUUAAACAACGUUUCGCCUGCCACUCGGACUGUCGGUUUGUCGGCUUGUCGGUUUGUGGACCUGGUCGGCAGCCCCACUUCAAUCAAAUCGCUUCGCUGCCCCAAACGACGACAAUUGCCAAGUGUGCCGCUUAAUGUCUUCAAAUGCAUUUCACCAACACAGCCUGGCUGCUGCUGCUGCACAACAACGAAAAAAGAAGCUGAAAUAAAUUUGCAUAAAUAUUUCACUUGCCAGUUUUUGCUGCCAACCACAUCCGCGUUUUAUAGAUUGAGCCUGGCUAAGAUAUCCGAGUGUGUGAGUGUGGUAUCGCGUGUGUUUUUGUGGCCUUACUACUGCGAGCAGCGAUCACAAGGAGAUUCUGGGGGAGAUUCCGAUUCCAAUUCGGAGCAAAGAGCCGUCAAAAUCGUAUUUGCCCUGCCGCAGUGCUCUACAACUACUACUCAUUGGCAUUUCCUGCGCGAACACAUUCUUCCUGCUCCGCUGGGGCAGCCAAACAAACCCCUUAACUUGGAUUUAACCAGUACCUGGUUCUUAAAGGCGCUACUCUGGCGCUUCAAGCUCAGCAAAUGAUCGGCACCGAGGAUAUGUCCGCAGCGGCUGGCAUGGACAUCAGCGAGUCCUUUCGUGCCGAGGAUCUCUCGAAGGCGGACUUCUUUGACUUUGUGACCGGUCCCGAUAUGGGCAUCGGCAUAGGUGUGGGCGUGGGCGUGGGUGUGGAGUCGUUGGGCGUCAGUCUGCAUCAGCAGCAGCAACAGCACCACCAGAACCACCAACAGCCGCCCCACAGUCAUAACGGCCACAACAACAACAAUAAUAAUAACAACCACGUCCAGGUGGUGCACCAGCCCAUUACGUCGCAAUCCCAGCAGCAGAGCCUCUGCGGUGGUGCGAGAACCAACAGCAACAACAUGAUCCACGACGGCGGAGGCGGUGGUGCAGGCAGUGGCGGUGGAGUCGUGGUGCCCGUGGGCAACCGCAACGGCACCAGCAACGGUGGCGAUCCCACGUUACAGGGCUACGAGUUUUGGCACCAGGACAAGGACAACAGUCGCCUUGACUCCAACUCGAUUUUCGAGGACCUCGAUCGCUACUGCUGGCAACAGCAGCCGGUCACAACCAGCGCCAGCAAUGGUGGAUCCGCCAGCACCAAUCAGCCCAGUCCCACCUCGCCGCAGGGUCACCUCCAGCAGCAGCAGCAGCAGCAACACCAGCAGCAUCAGCAGUUGCAGCAGCAACAGCAGCAGCAACCGAAUGCGAACAGCUCGUCGGCGGCUUCUAGUGGAGCGGGAAGCAGCAGUGACACGAUCAGCAGCCUGGACACCACCGAUGGCCAGAUCUACACCCUGACAGUAUUAAAUGGAGGCGAGCCCUGGCUGAAGCGCUCGGAGGCGGAACAGCUGCCCACUUCGCUGGAUCUGGACAGUCUGCUGGGCAGUUUUCCGGGCUACAUCAAAUCAGAGUAUCCCUACGACGAUAGUGGCUUUAGUACGGAUGGCAAGGAUGUGAUCGGCAAUGGAACGGAUGGUCUCAGCAGUAUUUCCCAGGCACAAAACCAGGGUCAGCAGGCACAACAGACGCUGCCCUCGCUGGUCACGGCCAUCUCGUUGGCGGGUGGUAAUGACUUGGGCCAGCAGUUGGCUCAAUUCCAGAAUAACAACAACGACUGGCACAUGGCGGAUCACAAUACGGAAACGGAACAGAGCACAGCGGAAUCGCUGCUGCGGAGUGCCCUGCAGGGAAAGGGUUACGCCAAGGGUUUGCACAUGCAAAACGGUUUGACCAUGCCGGUGGUCAAGGAUGAGGACAUGCGACGUUUGCUAUUUGCCGAUGAGGCAGCCGCUUUGGGCUUUGCGGACUCCACUUUAAGUGCCGCCCAGAUGUUCGACGAGGCCCAGGGCAUCCAUCUAAGUUCCCAACAGCAGCAGCAACAACAACAGCAGCAGCAGGCACAUAAUGGAAAUGCCAAUAUUCUGGUGGACGAUAUGUUCCUAUCGCUGGAGAAUGCCUUCAGCGAUGAUUUCGAGAAGAUCAAGCGCAUCGCCAACGAAGUGCAGCAGUUUUGCAGUGCUGGUUCGGCAGGAACACCAACUCCCGGGGAUUACGUACCCUCCAGUGAUGUGCUGAUGCAAAUCUCACCCAGUCCGGCAGUUGCAUCGGCCGGUCAAUUGCAGCCACCGCAACCUUUGAAGCCGGAGGUCAGCACCUCCACAUCACCCACAUCGGCGGUGGUGGCUUCCGCCGCCAGCAACCAUGUCCGCUCCGGCGGAGGUGUUGUCAAGCCCAAGAAGGCGUACAAACGGAGCAGUAGUAAUAACAAUAAUCCGAAUGUGGCCAACAACAACCAGAGUACUGGUGGCAAUCCGCUGAUAGCAGGCAGUGGAAGUGGCAGCUCCUCGUCGAGUGGCAGUGCCAGUAGCAGCAGCAAUAGUCCGCCAGCCAAUUCCGGCGGCAGUUCAUCCUCCUCCUCGGGCAGCACGCAGCGAAAGGAACGCUCCCUGCACUACUGCUCCAUUUGCGCCAAGGGAUUCAAGGAUAAGUACUCGGUGAAUGUGCACAUACGCACGCAUACGGGUGAGAAGCCCUUCGCCUGUUCGCUUUGUGGCAAGAGUUUUCGGCAGAAGGCUCAUCUGGCCAAGCACUACCAGACGCACAUGACCCAGAAGAACAAUGGAAACAUAAUCAAGGGAGGGUCCGGCAAGCACCAACGAUCGAGUGGAUCCUCGGCGGGAUCGGCCAGUGCCUCGCUCAACCAGCGGCAACAGCAACUUGGUGGAGGAGUGGUGCCUCCUUCGCUGCCCGUGAUGAUCAGCAAUCCCAAUACGCCACCUGGAGGAGUGCUGCCACCUGCCAAUGGACUCCUUGCCAAUCGGUAGUGAGCACCGGCAGCGGGGAUUCCCCCGACUUAACUAUUUCUUGUUCCUUACUCACAAAUUACAAUAUACACAGAUACACACACACACAAAUGAAAGUGUAGAGAAACUAUUACUACUGUUAAUACCUAAAUACUCGUACUCCCAAACUCGAAUUUACGUCAUUGAUGAAUUCCUAUUUCAGCUUUCUGUGCAAUUCCUAUAUGCCCACACACACACAGACAAACAGACAGACAGACAAACACACACUCGAAGCACUUCCAAAUACAAUACUCAACUUAAUGUACAUUUACUCAAACAAAUUAAAUUUAAAUGUGCCAAAUUUUGAAGAUUUUAAUAACUAAAGUUAAACUAAAGUAUAAAUAGUUAUGCUAGGCGCGUAGAAAUAGAAGUGUAACGAAGCUAAUGAAGCAAUUCCACGAGUGGUGAUAUCAAAAAGAGGCCAAACGCUUCCUUGGAAAACGAUAAAGGCAAUUCCUUAAAGAAAUCCCCCCAACUAGAAUAAUUACCGCCUUUGAAUUUUCGAUUUAUAUGCCAAGUUUCCUGAUCACCCGCAGUUCUUCAGAGUCUUCAAGUUGCCCAGCCCGAUGCGUGUUUGCUGUAAAUUAAAAGUAUUUGUUUUCUAAGUUGCUCUGCCCAAAUUAGCAUAAAUUUGUUUGCUAGUGUUAAUGUAUAUAUUAUAUAAACGCGUUCAUAAUUUUAGUAGUAGUAUUUUAUUAGUUGUUAACAGAGGGAAUGCCAAAUAUUUGAGGGAGGAACACUGACCUGAGGCACUAAAUUCGAAACGCAUCCUCCGGAGCUCAUCCUACAGCAAUUUCCCGCUCCUUUCUCCUUCAAGGAUCUCUUUGAUCUCUUGGGCCGAGUGUUAGCCAACUUCGAAGGCAUUCAGCAUAAAUAAAGGGGGGCACAAGCAUUACCUUACCAACUACUUACUUUUACACAACAUAUGUUCAGCAAACUCAGCUUGCACUUGCCAUUAUUUUUGUAUUUGAUAAACAACGCAACACACAAGGCGCAUUACUAAGGCGAAAUUCCCUAUAAUUAAAGAUAACACACCACAUUCACCCAACUAGUGUAUUGUUUAGGCUAAGCUAACUGAUAAAUCAGCCGUAGUUAGUGGUUAAUUAAACUGCCAAUUAUUUUGUGAUAGUUUUUAAUGGACAAUAGUUUAGAUUACGCAAGAAAUAUCUUCAAUGGUGUUUGGGUUAUGUAACGUUUUUAACGAUUUGUUAUAAACUGUGUACACUUUGCAAUACGAGUAUUUUCUGCUAAUUUAUUGAACUUCAUAGUUUAUGUACAUAGAGAACGAUCCUUGUUUAUAUCCAAGCCUAGGCUAAGCCACGCAUUGAAAUCUUAGUUAAAUCUUUGUUAGUUAUUAUUUAUGCACACACACACAAACAUGAAACACACAUACAUACACACACACACCAUCCAUCUGCAGUUAAGUUUUGCAUUAAUUUUUUUAGUAUUGCAAGCAUUAAAAAUAAAGAAAUCUAAAACGUUUUAUUGACAAUUAA